GCUUGAAGGUGUUCCCCUAAACAACAGCAUCCACAGCUAAGAAAUCCAAACCGAAAAUGAUGCUCGGCGAGCGACACCGUCUGAAUCCUCCUGUCCACGUCCCUCCGUGGCAUCCGCUCCACGAAGAUCCAAAGGCUGGUGUUAUUUCUCCUCACUCCUUCAACGGCAAUGCAAACGGCAGCCCUGAUGUUAACUGCCCGUACUAUCUCCAAGAAGCCUUAGCCGCGCUUCAACCUUAUAUACCGGCUAAUGAUCAGGAUUUGGACUCGGAUACUGAUUAUUCGGGUAUAGACUCUGACUCUCCUGUGGACGCUUACUCAUGUGAUCAUUUUCGCAUGUUCGAGUUCAAGGUAAGGAAGUGUGCACGUGGAAGGUCGCAUGACUGGACGGAAUGUCCGUACGCUCACCCAGGGGAGAAGGCACGCCGGCGUGACCCGAGAAAGUAUCACUAUUCGGGUACGGCGUGCCCCGAGUUCCGAAAGGGAAGCUGUAAGAAAGGCGAUUCUUGUGAGUUCGCUCAUGGUGUAUUCGAGUGUUGGCUUCAUCCGGCCCGUUACCGUACUCAGCCUUGUAAAGAUGGACCCGGUUGUAGGAGACGGGUGUGUUUCUUCGCCCACACACCGGAGCAGCUUAGAAUCUUACCUCAGCAGAGCCCUAGAAGUGCUGAUACUACUUCCUGUGCUAGAACUUUGUCGUUUUUGUCUUCUCCGGAGUCAAAUUCUCCUCCUAUGAGUCCAACGGCUGAGUCACCCAUGAGUCUAUCUCUGAGUCGGUCACUUGGUUCGAGUUCAAUCAGCGAAAUGGUGGCUUCUCUUAGGAAUCUGCAGUUGGGGAAGGUGAAAUCCUUGCCAUCUUCAUGGAAUAUUCACGGGAAUGGUUCUCCCGGAUACGGAUCCGGAUCUCCUCGCGGGUCAAUGAUCCGAUCCGGAUUUUUUAGCCUCCCGUCAACACCAACGGGUACUCCGACCCGAACCGGGAUGCGUUACUUGGAUCCAUUUGAAAAUAUCAGCGAAGAAGAACCUGUAAUGGAAAGGGUUGAGUCAGGGAGAGGCCUGCGUGCAAGAAUGUUUGAGAAAUUAAGCAAAGAGAACUCACUGAAACGGGUGGAGCCGUUUCCAUCUGAUGGAGCUCCGGAUGUAGAUUGGGUUUCGGAUUUGGUAAACGGUGCGCACUGAGACCAUGUGAAAAAGUGGUGGGUAUUUUAGGAAAAUUUUCGUGAUGAUUUCUUCGAUGAAUCGAUUUUUUGGGUAUUGUAUUUGGGUGGACUAUUUGUUUCCUCUGGAUGUGAAUAGCAUCUGAAGAAGAAGAGGAAGAGGAACAGAAAGAUGGUUUAUAAUUUUGGAAUCAGCAAAUUGAAGAUGAUGUGAAUACUAUUAGAAAUUAUGAUUAAGGUAUGGUUGAAGAUUGGAAUCUUUGUUUAGGUUAAAUUUGAAGGCUAAUUCGAAGAAGAAAAAGGAAAAGACUGCCAACUUUUGUAUAGGUAGGGGACAUGGAUGAUGAUGAUGAUGAUGAUGAUGAUCCACUAUUUUAUUUGAUUUGUGUUGUUCAUUGGGUGUUGUUACUUCUAUUAUCAUCAAUUAGCGCAUUGUAAAAUCUUCGGAACUUCGUAGGCAAUGCUCUCGUUCCCUUUUCAGAUUAUGCAAUUUAAUGUAUAUAUUUUAACAAA